GCCUGGGUGUGGUCUUGCAGUCAGGGGUACCGUUAGCAGGAAAUCAGGCUCCACUUCAUUUCACUUUAAGGCGAAACAAAGAAAAAAAUACUCUCACGCGCGUUAGGUUGAAAUUGUUCUUCGUAGUCGAGCCAAAAGUCACGUUUGUGUCCUCGCGACGGGGAGCCGUUUGAUUGGCGCCGUUGUUCUGAUGGGAAAAAGUUUUCUGCUGGUCUCGCUAACUGCUCGUCUGAUUUAUUAACUUUUUCUAUAAAUCCUGAACCGGACGUGAAAGAAAGGAAAGAUGCCGAAGACGAUUAGUGUAAGAGUCACUACAAUGGAUGCUGAACUGGAGUUCGCCAUUCAGCCAAAUACAACAGGAAAGCAACUCUUUGACCAGGUUGUUAAGACCAUUGGGCUGCGAGAGGUUUGGUACUUUGGACUCCAGUACCAGGAUACAAAGGGUUUCUCCACAUGGCUCAAGCUCAAUAAGAAGGUGACAGCCCAGGAUGUGAGGAAGGAAAGCCCGCUGCUGUUUAAAUUCCGUGCCAAGUUCUUCCCCGAGGAUGUGACUGAGGAGUUAAUCCAGGACGCCACGCAGCGGCUGUUCUUCCUGCAGGUUAAGGAGGGAAUCUUAAACGAUGACAUCUACUGCCCUCCAGAGACCGCAGUCCUCCUGGCGUCCUACGCAGUGCAGGCCAAGUACGCUGACUACAACAAGGAAGUCCACACGCCAGGCUACCUGUCCAGUGAACAGCUGCUCCCUCAGAGAGUUCUGGACCAGCACAAACUGAACAAGGACCAGUGGGAGGAGAGGAUUCAAGUAUGGCACGAAGAACACAAGGGCAUGAUGAGAGAGGAGUCCAUGAUGGAGUAUCUGAAGAUCGCUCAGGAUCUCGAGAUGUACGGAGUCAACUACUUCAACAUCAAGAAUAAGAAAGGAACAGAACUGUGGUUGGGAGUGGACGCUCUGGGGCUCAACAUUUAUGAACAGAAUGACAAAAUGACGCCCAAAAUUGGAUUUCCUUGGAGUGAAAUCAGGAACAUCUCCUUCAAUGACAAGAAGUUUGUCAUCAAACCAAUCGACAAGAAAGCACCUGACUUUGUAUUCUAUGCUCCAAGACUGCGCAUCAACAAGCGCAUUCUGGCUCUUUGCAUGGGCAACCACGAGCUGUACAUGCGCCGCCGCAAACCUGACACCAUUGAAGUGCAGCAGAUGAAGGCUCAAGCUCGAGAGGAGAAGAAUCACAAGAAGAUGGAGAGAGCUUUGCUGGAGAAUGAAAAGAGGAAACGAGAAACCGCAGAAAAGGAAAAGGAAAAGAUUGAAAAGGAAAAGGAGGAAUUAAUGGAGAGAUUAAAGCAGAUUGAGGAGCAGACGAAAAAAGCCCAACAAGAGUUGGAGGAGCAGACGCAAAAGGGUCUGGAGCUGGAGCAGGAGAGGAAGUUGGCUCAGGAGGAGGCUGAACGUCUGGAGAAGGACCUGAAGGACGCCGAGGACGCCAAGGUCAAACUCCUACAGCAGUCAGAGAACCAGAUGAAGAACCAAGAACACCUGGCGACAGAGUUGGCUGACUUGACUUCAAAGAUUUCCCUCCUGGAGGAUGCCAAGAAGAAGAAGGAGGAAGAGGCAGUGCAGUGGCAACAGAAGGCUACCACAGUGCAGGAGGACCUGGAGAAGACCAAAGAGGAGCUCAAAAACAAAAUAAUGGCAGCUCACAUUCAGGAGCCCCUGAAUGCCGAGAACGAGCAUGACGAGAAUGAUGAGAGCAGCGCAGAGGCAAGCGCCGAGUUAACGGCUGCCGCCACGUACAAGGACCGCAGUGAGGAAGAGCGCAUGACUGAAGCUGAGAAGAACGAACGUUUGCAGAAACAUCUACUGGCUUUGAGCUCAGAGUUGGCCAACGCUCGCGACGAGAGCAUGAAAACAGUGAACGACAUCAUCCACGCAGAGAACAUGAAAGCAGGACGAGACAAGUACAAGACCCUCAGACAGAUUCGGUCAGGAAACACCAAACAGCGCAUCGACGAGUUCGAGUGCAUGUGAUGUCUGCGUUUGCCAAUUGCAAAAGCCCACACAGCUGGGCCCUUCUGCCUGGACUGCAGUCCUGCCUCACACAAGCUGUUUUUCCUCUGUACCCAAAUAAAUCAGAUCCACAACAUGACAUGGUUGCACAAGCACAGCAAAUGUACAAAUAUGGAUCUGGAAAACUCCAUAUGUUAUCAUUCCUAACUUUGAAUUUAGGCAAGUCACUGGUUGAAAAGGGACAUACUGUAUUUUAUUAGUACAUUCCUCACAAGGGAGUUUAUGUAGCACAUUAGUAAAAGGCUCACGCCUCAUUUCAUGACACAUGGAGUAAGCAUUUUUAAUUUCUUUAUAUAUUUCUGUCAUGUUUUAGUAUCAUGAUUUCAAAAUAAAAGGUUUAGAGACCAUUUUAAACUUAAGAUUUCUGCUGUACACAUAUAACGGUUCUUCAUAGCAAGCUGGAUUUUUCACAGUAAUAUUCCUCCCAUGAUCCGCCGCCCAUAGUUUAAAACCAAAUGCACUGUAACCUGUCCAUGCGGAGCAUUAGAGCAGUAUUAUUCGCCUUAUUUGCAAAUUUACUUCAAAUUUAAAUCAUCCAAGUGUAUUCUGAAUCUGACUACUGUUAUAAAUCAUGCAGUAUUUAUACCCCACUCACAAUCAGUUUCAUUUGUCUGUUUUUACAGUCCUGAACACCUUCAAGUCAGUUUGCAAAUACAAAGCUGUAGUGUAAAUUUGCUGUUAUUCAAUGUCAUCAACUCAAUUAAGCAUUUAAUUAAAAAAAAAAGAUAUGACAUUUAAAGUUGACUUUACUGUACAUUAACCCUAGUUUUAUUCCUCUGCUUUUAUUUUUUAAUUUUGCUCAUCAGUGAGGAUGUUAUUUGGUAAUCAAAAUAUGUUUCAUUGCAUUAAAUAUAACCAGUGCAGCAUACGGAAUUACACUGUAGUUGUCAACUGUCAAGUUGCCUUUGUUGAUGAACAAAUGCAAAUAAAGUUCUCUGUAGUUGUACGUUUAAUCUUGCAUGCUCAGUCAUGUGUUUUCUUCACAGAUGAGAACUUUCUCUCCACAAAAAAUCUAAUUUGAUGCACAGAAGAAAAAAAAUCAUUAAACAUGCACUGGAAAACUAAAGCUAACCUUUGCAAAAUGACAUUAGACAGAAUAACUGCCCCACAUGGGCACUGUUUCCAAUGCAUACAUUUUUUUGAUAUACUGUAUGUAUUUAAGGACAUUUGUGUAUUUUGUAAUUUGGAUUUUUCAGAAGUGAUAGAAUUAUGUAUGGUGGAAAACAGACAACACCAAGGAUAUUUUUGUAUUAUAAAAUCUAGAAAUACUUGUCAAAGGUAACAGUUUUUGUUCAGAGAAACAACUUAAAAAAAAAAAAAAAAAAACGAAACAGUAUUUUGUUGUAAACUAAUUGAACAGCGCUCUGCUGUGAUAGUAAACUGAAAGAACAAGCAAAACCCCAAAGCCAGUGAGAGGACCAACAAAAAGCCAAAAUAUCAGGCAAAAAGCAAAACACCACAGUUUAAGAUUGUAAGCAAGGCCAAACCAUUUUGCAUAAACCUGAAUAUAAUUUCCUUGUGCCAAUAUUCCAGAUUACAGUUUGACCUUCAUACAUAUAAAGGGUUUUGCUUGUUCUUGAUAUUUAGAAAUUAGUGUUUGAAAGAUUUAUUUACACAAGUAAAUGUAUUUUAGAUUUUUUUUAAUAAUUAUUUUGAUUUCUCUUAUUGAAUGAAGGUUUGUCCUUUGUACCAAGAUGCAUUUUGAUAUACAGUAUUCUCGCCCAUUGCUGUGUGUAGUUCUCGUAUCUGCCAUGAAAUGUAAACUUGCAGUUGUUGUUUUGGAGACUUUUCCAUGCCUUUGACAAGAACCUUUAUAAUGCUGCACUGUAUGUUCUACCUGAAGCACCAUGUAUCGACAGCCUUCUUUAAAGAAUCAAGUGUCAUUUUAAACUCAUGUGUGAAGAAGAAAUGUAUUAAAAAGAUGCUUUUCAAUAUUUUGUCUUGAAACAAAAAAGGGCUGAAACAUAAUAUUGUAAAUUGACAGACAGUGCCUUGCCCAGGUUUUUCAUCAGAUCUUGCUGCUUCAAGUCUUCCUUUCACCAAUGAAUAAAAGUCAAAUUAAAAA